AUGCUAAGUAAAGUAAAAAAAACUAACCUUCUCUCCCAUGCACGGGGCUCGAGGUGCGUCGCUGCAAAUGGAAAAUCUCCGCCGGAGCUACACCGUUUCCUCACCGGUCUAACCUUGGGAACCAGUCUAGCCUUCCCCGAAGAUCUCUGCCCUCCGAGCAAAAGAGUAGUUUGUGAGAUCCGCUUUCUCUCGUCUCCGGUGGAUGCCAUUCUCAAGGAAGAUAAACUCCUCUCGCCGCCUAAGCCACGAGACCCACCGGACCCUCCGAAUGGAUCCCCACCAUCGAGGUACGCCACUGUUUCCCCUCCUCUGCUGCAGUGGUACCGAGUUUCUAAGUCCCUCCCAUUACACGAACUUACCGGCCCUAAGACGAGAUCUGACCGUCCGACGGUCACUUCCCUUCAACCUGCCGCUCCAUUCUUAAUCGAGUUUGCCUCCGCCGGAGAAUCUGAGCCCACUUCUCAGCCCAAGGCUUCAAUCGCUGCUCCAUGGCCUAAAAAACCAUCCCCGUCGCCGAUUCUCCUCACCUCCUCCUCGACCGAGAUCUGCCUCGUAGCCGAGGUUGAAACCAUACUUACGGCCGUCGUAUCUUCCAUCUCCUAUCCGGGAAUGGCGGAAGUCGCCGGUUUACAUUGGCUCCACUCAUCGGAAAAUUGUACCGUCGGCCGCCUACUCUAUCCCACUUACCUUGUGGAUCGAGAUUGCAAAUGGGCCUGUUUGAAGAUUCUAUGGGCUUUUUAA